AUGUUAAAGGUCCGCCCGGGCCGCCGGGCAAGCGCGGCAAGAAGGGCAAGAAGGGAGAUCCUGGCGAACCUGGACCUCCGGAGCGAGGCACCGGCCCGCUCCGUGCGCUCGCGAGCCGGUGCCGGCCACCUGACGCAUGUCACGUUUCAGGGUAGCAAGGGCGAGAAGGGCGAGCGAGGCUACAUGGGCCCUAUUGGCUUGGAUGGACCUAAGGGAGACCCAGGCCGGCCCGGCGACAAGGGGCAGAAGGGUGAGCAUGGCAGCCCUGGCUUCGAUGUCUUCUCUGCCGUCAAGGGGCUGCAGGCCGCCGGCCACAACAUCUCGGCGCACACCGUCAUCCAGCUCAAGGGCGAGAUGGGUCCCAAAGGAACCAAGGGCGAGUAUGGAGAUAUGGGCUCCCCUGGCAUGCUGGGCGCGCCCGGCCUGCCCGGGCCGCCGGGCUACCCCGGCUUGAAGGGAGAGAAGGGCGACAAAGGCGACUCGAUGAUGGGCCCACCGGGCGCGCCGGGACCCGCCGGGCCUCCAGGAGUGGCAGGCCCUCCCGGCAUCAAGGGCGACAAAGGUGAACCGGGUACGCGUGGGAAGUCGGGUGAAAAAGGAGAGAAGGGUGAUGCGGGCCCCAUGGGCCUUCCUGGGCCAGUGGGGCUGCCGGGAGAGCCGGGUCGGACCGGUGACACGGGGUCUAGAGGCCCGCCCGGACUCGACGGCAUGAAGGGCGCGCAGGGCGAGCCGGGCUCUAAGGGCGAGCGCGGAGACCCGGGACUGCCAGGAACUGACGGCAUUCCCGGACAAGAGGGCCCCAAGGGUGACAAGGGCUACAAGGGAGAACCCGGUCCGGUGGGCAAGCGCGGGCGCAAAGGUGAUAAAGGUGACAAGGGCGAGCAGGGCGUGCCCGGGCUCGACGCGCCGUGCCCGCUGGGGCCGGACGGGCUGCCGCUACCCGGCUGCGGCUGGAGACCCACGAAGGAGGCGCCGCCGCAGGUGCCGCACCGCGAGGACGCGGGCGCGCCGCCCGACGACUCGGACGAGGAAGAGGGCGCGGAGGGCGCCGACGAGUACGAGGGCCGCGACGACGAGCUCGACGCGCCGCGCGAUUACGACGACUACACCGACAACGCGCACCACUCGCACCACCACGACUGACCUGUGCCUCUCCUCUCCCUUCCGCUCCCCACCAAUUCCCGCUCUUCUCGCACCUAUUUGAGCCCCGCAAGUAUUGGCCUGUAAUUCCCCCUCCCCUCUUAGUAACUACUAUCUACCUACUAACAGCGCGGUGAUGGCGCAGCUGAACUAUUGAGAAGCCGUGUUGCAGUGGGUGCGGCGCCGCCUCGACGUCGACAACGACUUGCCGCCGAUGUGACGUCACCGCCGCCUCACUCCCACGCACGCCCACGCACUCCGCACGCUAGCCAGCACGGCGACACUGCUUGUCUGUGGAUGUGAAAUGAAAUAAUUAUAUUCUUAAACAAACUGUAGUUAAAAAGACGUUUCUAUUUGCUAAUGUACUGUACAUAAUUGUGUAAAUGGAUUGUUUUAUAAAUGAAGCUAUUUUUAUAAAAUAGGUAAAUAUUCCAGAGGAGCCACGAUGUGCGCCACAAGGGAAUUGAUCUAGUAAGAGUGCACACAACAGGGUAUUCUGGGUGGACUCGUCCUGUACAUAGUAGAGUAAUGUAACAUGAUCGCAUAGAAUUACGAUAUUUAUUCCUUAGUUCAAUUGUGUAGAUAAAUGCGUCGUUUGCAUGCGUUUUUUACGAAGACUUAAAUCUAUAUUAUGUAAUGUAUAAUAUUUAGUAUAGACAAACAUGUUACAAGUGUUAUUUAUAACAUUUAUAUGUAGACUUGUAAAUAAUUUUAUAUCUUUCAAAUAGGUACUUUGUAAAUGAGCUUAGAGCUACUAUAUAUUCAGUGUUUUUUUUCAUUCAAAGCCUCACGCUUUUGAUAACUCGUGGCACGGUCAUUUCUGUGUCUAUUUAUUUAAUAAUAGAAUAAAAAAAAUUAAACACUCGAGAGAAAAAAUAAAAAAGUGAUGAUGAAAAUAAUUGUAUAAUGAAACUUGCAAAAUGUGACGAGUCACUAAAACCCGUGAAUCCAUUAAUACCGAAGUACUGCCGUGUGAGUUGUGACCGAGUCACGAGCCACGGCGUGUUUGUGAAGCUGCGCUGCCCGGCCGGCCGCGCGGUCCUGACUGAUAGAAGUAUACCUAUUGUUUAUUUGUAAUAUCAUCCUUAAAUAGUUUAAUGUCGCCUGUACAUAAUCAUUAGCUCAUUAGUGAAUAAUGUAGUGUCGGAGAGCCUAGGGUCGACCGGUACAGAGGGCUGCGAGUAGCACUGCCGGCGCUGACCUCAGCGGCUCGCACUACGUUGCAUUCAGUACCUGCCGUUCGUUGUACAUUAUAUUGUAGGUAUUCAUUAAGUGAGUGUGUGUUUUAUAUACGGUUAAUUAGUUGAUAAGUUCAUUCCCAUUAGCAGUCACGGAGUCACGGGCCCAGGUCCUCUGUGUCUGCUCAAGAGACUCGGCUGCCGGAGGAUUACCUACCAUGACAGCAUUGUUUCCACUAAGUGAAGUCAUUCAGUACCUACCAUUUAGAACAGUACCGUAGGGACCCUCAGUACACGUCACACGUUUAUAUAAUAUGGGUGGGCGUAAUGCCAUGAGCAUCUUACUUUCUCAUCCAACUUUUAGCUGAUGCCGUGAGAACGUAGUCGGAGCAACAAGUGAAAACUUAAAAGUAAUAUAGAUUAUCAAAUAUAUAACAUACAACAAAACAAAAUACCUAAAGCCAAAAUAUUAAAAAUCUCGCCGGACGUAGUACUUCUCACUGACUGGUGACAAACUUACUUGUUUUCAAAAAAUGAAACUAUAAUCUCAGUGCGGACUCAGAAUCGACUUUACAAGUAGGUAACUGUCUGAUAGCACUACGGAAGUACUGAUAUGAUAAUAAUAUACCCACCACAACAGCUUUGAGGUACCUACUCUAUCAUUAUCUAGAGAACAGGUAGUACUUUUUAACCGACUUCAAAAAAGGAGAAGGUUCUCAAUUCGACCGUUUAUAUGUUUUUUAAACUAUUGGAGUAUUAGAGAUCGCGUGCUUAAAAUACUCCACAUAGCUACCUACUCUACUAAAUCACAAUACUUGGCUGGCGCGCCGCGCGUCACUCUGGAGAUAGCGACAGCGUGUUGUGUAGGUCGAUAUGUCAAUGUGUGACGAACUGUCGAUAUCUUGUGCGCCACUGCUUACACAGGCGCGGCCGGUUCUACAGAACUCAACAUUCAUUCCACGGACUCUUGGUCCGUGCCCUUGUCAUACAAUUUGUUAUUUAUUACUUAUCAAUAUUUAUAAAGUAGGACCCUAGUUACACACUACGAUUAACCACAUCUAUAAUUAUUAUUAAAAGAAUAGAUUACGUAAUAAUUAGCUAUUAUCCAUUUAUCUCUAUUUCGAUGGCUCUACGAAAUCAGUCCACCAACACGAUGGGAGAGCCGACCUGACCCAGCAGAAGACACCCGUUCACGAGUAUGACGUGUGUGUCAACAAUUAGUCCGGUCAACCUUUUGAUUGGGAACGGAACAACCCAACACACCGCGCCACCGACUGUAGGGCAUUUAUUCGUGCAUGAAGCCUCAACCCUCGUUGCGUUGGCUGAUUCCAAUAGAGCUUACAAUAGUCCAAAAUUUAAUUGGUUAUUUUCUAUAGUUACAUAUUUCUGCAUACACAUUUCCUGAUGUUUCAUUCGUUUAUCACAAGGAACAUUCCCCGCCCAAGAGAGUACCCACAACCGCCGCGUCCCUGUGUUUAAAAGCCAUUUUCAGUAUGUAGUCCUUAAUCCCUUGCUCACUCUCAUCAGUCGCCUUCCUGAUUAGUUUGCUUAUCGCGUCUUCACUGUUGUCUGUGUAAUAGAUGCAACCAUGCGUGUGACGCGAUAUUGCUACUACCGCGUGUGGUACGCCAUUAUGAAUUUUAUUGCUGUUGCUGCUGCUUUGCUCACAACAACCACAUUCGCACACGAAAGUCCCUGUGCCUCGUGUAUUGUAAGGGUCGCGUGAUCCCACGCUCGACCCGUAUCCCUGGAUCUUAAGGCAUUCCUUUCCUGCCUGAGUGUGUACCAGGUAUAAAGAGUCGGGGAGUGAUGUUGGGAUCAUCGCUCCCGAGAACCUUUUUAUCUCGAGGGAUCUCGCGAACGACCUGGAUGAGUAUAUGCCACUGUAAACUGUGCUGAGGGCAUCGCCAUUGUUGUAACUUUGUCAUUGAAUUUCGUAGAUAAUUCGAUAGUCCAAUGUCCAGCCUGAUUUUUUUUAAACGUUGGUUUUUCUCCUUUGUCGUGGGUGCGUUUACAAACAUACAAUUUCACAUACACAUCAUACCCAGACCCGAAACAACACAAAGUGUUGUUCCGUGCGGGAAUCGAACCCGCGACACGUUGCACGGCUGCCGGUUGCCCAGCCACCGCACCAACCGUGCAGUCGAAGUACCGAUUCAAUACAUUACAUACAUACACUCUAAAGUGUAACUGUGUGCAUACACAGGUCACGGGAAAAAUUAUUAAAGUUAUCUCUGGGCUGGUUGUGGUAGGUUCGUGUUACUGGCCUUCAGGCAGCGCGACCUGAGCCUGAGAGCUGGACACACUGUUCUGUUACAGUGGAUGAGGAGCACAACGCGGUGGUAUAGCGUAGUCUGUGUCGACUGAUAUUGUAUCGAUAGUGUUGACAGGUUGUACUAAGUAGUGACACUUAUGGAGAUCAAAUAUUACUAUAUUCGAAGAAUGUCUUUCGUGAGACAUAUUCAAUUAAUUAUUGUGAUUUUCGGCUUAUUUGCGUAACUGUUUGACGAGCAACUAGACUUGUUGAAAGGCACGGCCACGCAGCCACGCUGCGCUAGUUGCAGUAUCUGCGCGACAGACGCUGCGUCGGUGGUGUGAAUGCUGCUUACGAAUAUGAACCACUGGCUGAAACUAGUCGAGUUCCUCGUCAAACAGUUACUCACGUAACUGAAAGCUGAAAACAUAGGUAAGAAUGAAUUGAUAACUUUGUUUAUAGAAGUUCAACUUAAAUGUUUUCUCAAAAAAUGUGUGUAUAUGUGUUGUGUAUAUGAGCAAUAACAUACCUAAUGAACAAAUACAAUCUAUACAUUGAAAAGUUACCUAGUUUUAUUUCAAAAAACCGAAAAAGUUUGCCUUUUAAAAAAAAGAUUAUAGUCACCC